UCGAUUUUAUGCAGAAGUUUUCUCUCUAUAGUGUGCUUCUAUGGUGUUAAUGGGAAUUUUGGCUUGGCAAAGGUAUAGCCCUGGUUAAACAAAGGUUCGUGAUAAGGCUGUCAAAAUAUUAGAUUAUUGACUUGAGGGUGUUUAGAAAUUUUACACAAUGGACUUUUAGAGAACUUAUAGUUAGACCUUGUAGAAGAAAUCUCUGACCACAACAUUUAUGAUGUCUUCUGUACAACGGGCUUUUACUCAAAAAUUGAGUAAACAACAUGCAGCUGACGUUAGACGUCAAAUUGCUAAUUCUACCUCAUAUUCUCGUGAGCUGUCAAAGAGUGGCAGUUCAUUCUCAGGUUUCUCCUCAACAAUGUCACUAUGUGAAGUAUUAGAGCCACUGGACUAUGAAGAAUUCUUAGCACAGCAUCAGUCAGUUCUUGAUCGUGAUCCGUUAAAAUCUAUAUUAGAUUUUCCACCUGGAGAUGUUGAAUUACAAGUCCUUAAAAGGAAAAUUCGAACAGAAGAACCAGUGGUUCCUCAUGAGUCAUUAGAUACCGUAUCUCCAUAUGUUAGAAGAUGCAUAGAAAGCUUUACUUCAGACUGGGUAGAUGUACACCGCAAGUACAAGCGUAGAGUAUCUCCUAUUGCAAGAGACAGACUACUGCAGGACACCCCAAGACAAGACUUUGAGGUAGAUCAAGAGGACACAAAUGGCUCGGGUUCCCCAAAUGAAGAAGAGGAUUUAUCAAAUUGUGGAGAUACCCCAAGAGGCUCUUGGGCUAGUUUGGAUUUAAGGCAUUCCCAACAUGAUCCACUUCUUCCAAGUCUUCUGGAUCGUGUCUGUCCAGAAACUAUUGAUCAGAUGAACGAACAGAAGCGCUCAGAAGAUAGACAAGAAGCAUUAUUUCCACUUUAUGCACCUCCAGCCUCCCCAGAUGAUGAGUGGCAAGAAAUUGGUAUUGCACCAGAGCCCUCAGAACCUUUUUCCCAUAAGAUUCUUGUUAAAUGUCUUCAGUUGAAAUUGGAAUUGGAAGUAGAACCAAUUUUUGCAAGUCUGGCAUUAUACGAUGCUAGAGAAAAGAAAAAGGUAUCGGAGAAUUUUUAUGUGGACAUGAAUUCAGAAGGAUUAAAAAGAAUGCUUGGCAGUCACAUUGCGUACAGUGAUGCCAGUACUUUAGCAAGGAGCUGUGUUAUGAGCAUCAGCAAACCUAGCCCGGAUCUAUUUUUAGUUGUCAGACUUGAGAAAGUAUUACAAGGUGAUAUUUCUGAAUGUGCAGAGCCAUAUUUGCGCGACGAUAAGAAUAAGGAUAAGGUAAGGGCUGCAGCUGCAGCUGCAUGUGAACGACUAGGUCGCUAUCGAAUGCCACUUGCUUGGACGGCUAUCCAUCUUUCUGGCGUAAUAGGAGGUGGUGGAGAUACGGAUAGCACUGGCAGUGCUGGCUCUUUGGAUAGAAAAUCAGGGGGACUCGAACAGUGGCGUAAAAAAGUGGAACCACCGACUAGGAGAGGUUCUCUCGAAAGAAGAAGUUCGGAUAAGAGACGCAGCUGGUCACCGGAUGAUUUUGCUAACUGCCUAGAUACGUUUAGGCCCAUAACAUUGACUGUUUCAAGUUUCUUUAAACAAGAAAGUGAACGUUUAAGGGAUGAAGAUCUAUACAAAUUACUAGUUGAACUAAGAAGGCCAGGCUCUAAUCUGAAACGGCUGAAAUGUUUACCAGGUAUACUGAAACUAGACCUGAGUCCCAGGCCCGAAGAGUUGCCCAGGUGUUUGGACCCCGACCUUAGAAGACUAGUGCCAUAUCCAGACGAGAAAAGUCGACCAGUGAAGGAAAUACUAGAGUUUCCAAGUGAAGUCAUUUCACCAGAUCUGACGUACAGGAAUCUUUUGUACAUUUACCCCAAGGAAGCAAACUUCAGUUCUAGAACAGGGUCAGCUCGAAAUAUCGCGAUAAGAAUUCAAUUGAUGGGCGGUGAGCAGGAAGCGGAUGCCUUGACAGCUAUAUUUGGAAGAUCAUCGUGCCCUGAAAUGACAUACGAGUGCUUCACAUCUGUCUCGUAUCACAAUAAAAAUCCGAACUUCUACGACGAAGUCAAAAUUCGCCUGCCCGCAGACCUAAGCGCGAAGCAUCAUCUGCUCUUCACAUUUUACCACAUCAGUUGCCAGAAAAAAAUGGAACAACCGAAUGUCGAGACUGCUGUAGCCUACACGUGGCUGCCGCUCUUAAGAGACGGACACCUGCAAUCCGGCGAGUUCAGUCUGCCAGCAAUGCUGGAUCCACCCCCAGCAAAUUAUUCCUACAUUGCACCGGAUGUUCUCCUACCUGGCACCAGAUGGGUAGACGCUCACAGAGGAGUUUUCACAGUAAUUCUGGAGCCGGUCUCCAGCGUGCACCCGCAAGACAAAUACAUCGACAGGUUUCUAUCACUGUGCGGCUUCCUGGAAACUGGCCAAGUACCUCCACGCAUUGGCGAGGCCGGGAUGGAGUCAGAAUUAAAAUCUGCCCUGCUGGAGUUGGCAAGGGCUUCUCAUUCCGCAUUGGUACGAUCGUUACCCCAGCUCCUGGAUCAGUUAAUAUCACUCUUGGUACGUCCUCCUACGUUACCGUCGCAACCACUGAACGUGGCAGCCACAGUCUUCGAGGCAAUUGGCCUACUGGUUCGAAAUAUCACUAAUUUACCGGAUGGUCAAUUGGAUGCUCACGGUAGACAUGCACUUUUGGCGACCUACGUGGCAUACCAGUGCUCGUUACCGAGAAUGGCUACCACUCCGGGUAUCAUUAGGGCUCAGAGCAACCCUGACCUACCUCUGGAAGAUUUAGAAAUGGAAGUGCACUCGCGGGGUUUAGAUCGAACCGCCUCGAUGCGCCAAGAAUCACCUUCCAUAAACAGUCAACCUACUAGAAGACUAUUGCAUGAGGAAUUGGCCCUACACUGGGUUGUGUCUACCGGUCAGGCUCGGGAACUAGCGGUAACAUAUUCAUGGUUCUUCCUGGAAUUGAUAGUUCGUUCCAUGGUCGUUACAUUGUCGGAAAUGGGAAUGCUGGAAGCCCCUCGAAAAUCGAGAUUCUCACCUCAGUUUUGCGACGACAUAGCUACUCUGACUGCAGCGUUAACUACAGAGGUGGUGGCUCGUUGCGGGAAGGAGACUAGAGUUCCGAAUAAUUUGGUAUCGAGUCUUGGCAACUUCCUAUCUGAUUUAUUAUCUGUGAUGGAUAGGGGGUUCGUUCUGUCCCUUAUUCGAGCAGCGUGUUGCUCCUUGUCGGAUGCUUCUAUGCAUAUUCCUGAUUCGGCUGCUUUAUACGCGCUCAAGCUGGAUCUUGUGCGAACAGUGUGUUCCCAUGAGCACUACGUAGCUCUGAAUCUUCCGUUCGGAACUGGAUAUACGUCAGGCUCGGCGCCAGCUUCGCCUAGUCCAUCUACUGGAAGCUCGGGCAGUUUAAUAUCGACGCUUGUGCCUGGUGACCGCGCAAGGUUCUCUGAACUCAGCCAGGAAUUCCGGCAGCAACAUUUCCUGGUCGGAAUCGUUUUAUCGGAUCUAUCGAACACCUUAGAAAUACCGAAUCCAAUGCUACAGAACAAGGCUAUUGGGACGAUUCGACAUCUGAUGUCCUGUCACGAUGUAGACUCAAGAUAUUCUGACCCUGCAGCCAAAGCUAGGGUCGCUGCCCUUUAUCUGCCACUUCUAAAUAUCAUCAUGGACGCUUUGCCUCAGCUUUAUCACUGGGACUCCAAAGAUAAAAGUGUCUAUCCGGAUGAGUCCGGGUCUAUCACGCAGUCCGUAGCGUUAGCUAUAGCUGGCGGAGUUUCCGUAGAAACUGCAGGAACGCAGUGCAGAGUUUCUUUAAGUUCGGAAGCCACGCGGCACCUUUUGAUGUGCGUUCUAUGGGUGCUCAAGGGCUUGGAACAGUCUGCAUUAGCGCAAUGGUGUUCAGAGCUGAGUCCCAGGCGUAUAUUGUGCCUUCUUCAAGUUCUCAAUAUUGCUACUGCGGCUUUUGAGUACAAGGGCAAGAAAGCUUUGAAAAGGUUGCCCCCGCAAGCUGCUGCCACCAGUGACAUUAGAUCUAGAUUAGAGGAUGUGAUUCUCGGUCAAGGUAGCGCUAGAAGCGAAAUGAUGCUGCGUAGGAAAGAAAGGAUAAGUGGGGACAAACUGAGAUGGCGUAAAGAUCAAAUGCCUUACAGACCUUGCGAGCAAUCUGAAGGAAGAGCUGUGGAACAAGAUGCUCACAUAGAAGGUGCCUUAGCAGCAGAAGCUUCCCUUGUGGUUUUAGAUACCUUAGAGACAGUUGUGCAAGCUGAUGGAGGAGGAGGAGCGGUGGUAGGAGCAGUACUGAAAGUACUUCUGAGAGCUCUAGCCAGGAAUCAGAGUACAUCUGUAUUACAGCAUAUGUUCAAUACACAAAGGGCUUUGGUAUUCAAAUACCAUAGUGCUCUGUUUGAUGAGGAAAGUGAAAGGUGUGGUGAUCUCUGCUUAACGUUGCUCACUAGAUGCAGUUCUCCUUUGAGUGCUGUUCGUAGUCAUGCUGCUGCCAGUCUUUAUUUGCUUAUGCGUCAGAAUUUUGAGAUUGGGAAUAAUUUUGCUCGAGUUAAAAUGCAAGUCACAACAUCAUUGUCAGCUCUUGUUGGGAGAGGAAGAGCUCCUAGCGAAGGUGCACUUAGAAGGGCACUGAAAACAGUAUUAGUCUAUGCGGAAAGAGAUACAGAAUUGGCUGAUACUAGCUUCCCAGAACAAGUCAAGGAUCUUCUGUUCAAUUUGCAUAUGAUCCUAUCUGACACCGUUAAGAUGAAAGAAUUUCAAGAAGAUCCAGAGAUGCUUUUAGAUCUUAUGUAUAGAAUUGCAAAGGGGUAUCAAGGAUCACCAGAUCUUAGACUGACAUGGUUGGCAAAUAUGGCUCAACAGCAUAUGGAAAGAAAAAAUCAUACAGAAGCAGCAAUGUGCUUAGUGCACAGUGCCGCUUUAGUAGCUGAGUAUUUGCAUCUCCUGGAGCCAGGAGGUGGUGGUAGGCCGGUUGGAGCUGUUGCUUUGUGUCCUGUUACUCCAAAUGCUUUAGAAGAGAGCGCUGUGGGUGAUGAUGUAUUAGCCAGAAGGGAAGAAGGACUUUGUUUGGGUCCUGAUUUCUCAGAAAGUGGAUUAGCAGGUUUAUUAGAACAUGCUGCUAGUUCUUUCCAUGCAGCAGGGAUGUAUGAAGCUAUUCCUGAUGUGUACAGAGUUCUAAUGCCAAUAUCAGAAACUGCGCAUGAUUAUAAAAAAUUGGCAAAUAUUCAUGGAAAACUUCACGAAGCGUAUACACGUGUUGAACAAUUAGCUGGAAAAAGAGUGUUCGGGACAUACUUCAGAGUAGGUUUCUAUGGAGGACGAUUCGGUGAUUUAGCCGGCGAAGAAUUUGUUUAUAAAGAACCUACUUUAACGAAACUGCCGGAAAUAUUUUCUAGGCUAGAGAAUUUUUACGCUGAAAGAUUUGGCGCUGAAAAUAUUGUGAUAAUAAAGGAUUCAAAUCCUGUAGAUCCCAGCAAACUGGAACCGGAUAAAGCUUAUGUUCAAAUUACUUAUGUAGAACCAUAUUUUGAGCCACAUGAACUUAGACAUAGACCAACCAUUUUUCAUAGAAAUUUUAAUAUUAAGCGAUUUGUAUAUGCAACACCUUUCACACCUGGUGGUAAGGCACAUGGAGAAUUGAGGGAACAAUGUAAACGUAAAACAAUUCUAACGGUAGCUACACAUUUUCCGUACUUGAAAACCAGAAUUCGUGUGGUCGCUAGAAAGCAAAUUGUCCUCAGUCCAAUUGAAGUUGCGAUUGAAGACAUACAGAAGAAAACGGCAGAAGUCGCAGCAGCUACAGCCCAGGAACCACCUGAUGCAAAAAUGUUGCAGAUGGUUCUACAAGGUUGCAUUGGAACUACGGUCAAUCAAGGACCUGCAGAAGUUGCAGUUGUCUUUCUUUCUGGAUUACGUGAACAAAAUGCACAGCCUAGCCGACUGCAACAUAAAUUGCGUUUGUGCUUCAAAGAUUUCUCAAAGAAAUGCCUUGAUGCCUUGAGAAGGAACAAAAAUCUGAUUGGUCCAGAUCAGCGUGAUUAUCAACGAGAAUUAGAAAGAAAUUACCAAAGACUUACUGAGAGAUUAUCUCCUCUCAUUGCAUGGAGUGGACCAUCUUUAAUGAGUCAACAAAAUACACAACAAACAUCACCACGCUGGUAAACUGACUGAAUGCUGCUAAGAAUUACCAAAGAUACAUGACACGUAAAUGGUACAUGAAAGAAGUAUUAGCAGCACAAAUUACAUAUGAAUCAGAAAUAUAAUCAUAUAUUUAUAUACCUUAAUUUUUUAUAUCGCUAGACAUUUUGAGCUGCUGAUAAAGUGUCUCUUUCAAACAUUUGAAAAAGAACAUAUUUGUAUGUACUAUGUUUAAAAAAAUAUUGCUAGUCCUAUAGAUAAUACAAUGCAAUUUAAUUAUUGCGAGCACUUCAAUAUAAAACAAAAUUUAUGUUUCAUAAAUACUGCCUCCGAAUAGUACUAAUAUACGUUUUAUAGUAUUUAAUAUAAGUGAACAAUAUUGUCAAUUUUUAAAUUACCACAGGAAUUUUCUGCAGAACUGCUUUUUCAGCAGUUGCAUAAUGAAGUAUUAUGUUCAAUUAUUAAUCCAAUUUCUCUUUAACUGCAUCAUAUCAAAUCGAUCCUCAAGUUUAUAUACAUUAUAUAUGUAACUACUGAUAUAUUUAGCUUCUAAGAAAGCUGUGAUCUUUCAAUUGCAUUAUAUUUUAUAAACAAGUAUUAUUGACCUCCAUUUUAAUACAGAAACUUAUAAUUAUAGAUUUUUUACCAAAUGACUUCAUAUUUUUUUAUAGAAAAUAAAUCAAACCACUGAUCGCAAUGUAACGUAUAUUUUUAGCAAAAGUAUUGCUUCUUUUAUUUAUUAUGUAUCUGUUAGUAAAUGUUAUAUGUUAUUUAAUGUAUUAAUAAGUAUAUAAAAAUGUUUAAAAUCUUUAUAAAAGGCAACGCGAUCAGUUUUUCAUUGCUCUUGUGAAAAGUCUAUCAUUAAAAGUUUCUCUAGUAGUCCGAAAACAUGCUAAUGUAGUCAAUAAGAUUUGUAAUUAUUUUCUACAGUAUAUUCAACAAAUAUAAUGUUUACAUUACUAAUCUGAAAACAUUCUAAAUAUAUAUAGGAUACAAAACACAAAAUAAAAUGAUCAAAUUUUUAGUUCAGAUCUGAAAACUUAAACGAUACGCAAUGCAUUACAAAAGCUUACAUUGGUAAAGUGAAGCUAUUAUUUAUUGCAAGUAUUAUUAAUAUAUCAAUAAUAAUUUUGCAAAAAUUAUAAAAGAAAUACAUUGAACAUUAAAUUACUUCUGACAGUAUACCUUAUUAUUAGAGAUAGUGAUAUAUCUGGAGUAAAAAAUGUAAACCUUUGUACGUGCGGAAUACUCAAAAUAUACGGUCAUUUUUUACUUCGUUAACAUGCAAUAUUCUUCAUUCUUUUAAUGUAAAAAAUAACAUGACUCACCAAAUGAAGACUUCAGAAAACGAUGCAGGACUCCCCAGGUCUUCCCACAGGUGUUAAUUGACUGG